GUUUCCCCAUCUUCUCAUUUUCAGUCAAACUUACGUGAACGACCCCUCUCGAGUUCUUUUUGGUGGUUGGUGUUGAAAUUGCAAGGAGGGAACGGGGAAAAUUGUGAUCGGACGACGGAGGAGGUGUGUUGGUGAACGAUGACGGGGUGCAGCUUAUGGAUAUCAACGGGGGAUCAUCGGAACAACGAUAUCAAUUCGAAUAACAAUGGUUUGUGGGGGUUUAGCAACGAAAGAGAACACGAUUUGGCUUUGAUGGUUAGCGAUUUCCUGGAAAACAACGGUGGUAGCGGCGGCGCCGAUUCUUGGUGUAGCAGCGACAGCGAGUCGGGUUUCUCCGAUCUUAUCCACCUUGCUGAUAAAAUUCCCUACCAUAAGCACUCGGUCUGUCAAUAUGAUUUGGACUUGUUGUCUGUGGUUCAUUCGCUUGUAUUAUCGAUGGCUGAGACAGACCUCCACUUUGUGAGUUCGGGUCCAUGUAAUGCGAGCUGCAUUAGAUAUCAUCUUGUAAAGCUGUUGAGGCUUUCUGGCUAUGAUGCUGCUCUGUGUGUAUCAAGGUGGCAGCGUUGUGGCAAAGUUCCAGGAGGUGAUCACGAGUAUAUUGAUGUGGUCAAUUACAACAAUGGGAGUUCUGAGCGUUUGAUUAUUGAUAUCGACUUCCGAAGCCAUUUUGAGAUAGCUAGAGCAGUUGAUUCUUACUAUCAAAUACUGAAUUCACUACCAGUUGUCUAUGUUGGCUCCUUGGCUCGGUUGAAACAAUUGCUUCAACUUAUGGUUGAAGCCGCUAGGUCGUCUCUCAAGCAAAACUCAAUGCCGUUCCCUCCGUGGAGAUCUCUUGCUUAUUUGCAAGCGAAGUGGCAAUCACCCUACCAACGACAGAUUGCUCCUAUUGAACACGAUAUUAUUGGCGGCAAUGUUUCUUCUUGUCAUAAACAGUGCAAAGGGCAUUUAAGGAGGCUGCAGCCUUCGCUUCAGUCUGAAUUAGAAGCAGAACGGCUACUGAAACCCAUAAACAUCGAUAAUACCAGAAGAUUGAAGCAUGACAGGGCAAGACGCUCAUCAUUCAGGGCUCUCUGACAUGUACAGAUUUUUGAACUGGGAGAUUGAAAUUCAUUUUUUUACCUUUUUUGAGAGAUGAAUUGUAUUGCGGCCUUUUCUUUUAGCUAUUCUUUUUCUUGAUAGUGAAUAAGUGCGGACCUUGGAAUGAAGGGUCGGUUCUUAUGGCACAUUAAGUCAAUAACAUGCAGUGUUUUGUUGUUCAGACAUCUUCAUUUCUUAUCUCGAGCUGCGGAGCUAUGCCUAUGCUUCUCGUCAAUAUUUUACAUGUUGGUAAGUAACAGUAUUGUUUUACGAGAACAGCUUCGGAAUUGUUUGGUCCGGAAAGUCUACUACACUAUAUAGAUUCUUAUGUGUUUCCCUAGCCUAUUAUUUUUACGAGGUCGGGAAGUUUGUCCUUA